CAUCACGAACGCCGCGUAGUGUUGUAUGUAACUCAUCGCUACUUGGGAAAAUGGUCUUCAUCAGUUUUGGUUAGACACCGGAUGAGGACGGAGAAGGAGAAGAUGACAAUGACAUAGACAUGGACGAAGAUGAAGACGGGGCGGAUGACUAUGUCGACUAUGACUCUGAUUACGACGAGAAGGCUAGAACUGUGGUCGAAGCUGAUCCAUAUGCUGGUGUCUUCUUCUCAAAGGAUCGUCGCGAAGAAGUCAUAGAAGUUGAAGAGGAGCCUGAGACAGCCUUCAUGCCAGACACUAACGAGCAGGUGAAGAUUAUGACUCAAGGUCAGUGGAUGAAAGGUUGUCCAGAGGGCGGCGAACAAGGUUUCUUGUUCGGUCUCUACAACGAGCUAAGCAGCGGUGACUGCCUUUGCCCCCAAUCAUGUGGAUAUAAGAUCCAGAGAUCCAAGAGUAACUUCUUCGCCAUUUUUCCAGAUUUCUUGCUGUAUAUCCAACAUCUUCGCCGUGUCGUAAAGCGCACUUGUCUCUCAUGCAAAGUGGAUUUUUGUUUCGCGUGCGGAGAACCUAUCAACGCUGGAAGCAAUCGUGACCCUUCCUCUUCGGGUGAUGAUAAUCUAUUCCAUUGUUCCAAUCUGCAAGGUGUUAUAUUGGGCAUCGGGCUCGCUAUGUUGGAAUCCACGUUCUCUGAACAGCGUCAACAAACCUCCGAAGAGAGUUCUCAGAAAUCAAAAACGAACAAGAGACGGAAGACCGAUCUGCACUCUUCUUCGUCUACUCCGAAAGGGGACGAUGACGAAGAUGAUAGCUAUUAUAUGUCUUUGCCAGUGGGGAAGAAGUCGAAAGGAGGCAUUGGUUAUGCUGGUGAUGUAAAGGAAGAUACUUCUGGCCAACUAGAAGCUCAGACUAUCCAGCGCCUCAAAGAUGAGAAGAUCGGUACGAUACUUUCCCAGAUCCGCGAAUAUCUUCCGUCUCUGCGCCGAGAAGGAGGUGCACGAACCAGCGACUACAUGGUUCACCCUACGGCUCUUGCGCAUCUCCGCAGACGCUUUAACUAUCUCUGCACCACUCUCCUCAGGAAUGAUUCCCUCUCAGACAUGUCAGAUCGUUCUGUGCUGUACUUUGAGUUAUUUGAAUGGCUCGAGACUAUAUCCAACCAUGAAGCAUUGGCAAGUAUGAUGGCAAUGCCGAUCAUGGUGGUUUCCUCUGUGAAAUCCGUCGCACCUAAGAAAGUAGCCAAGGGUAAGGCACCCAUACGGGAACGAACUAUCAUCUAUGAAGGUAGUGCUGGCCCGCGAGAACUCUUGGAAGCAAUUGUCAUCCAAGCGCAAGCUGCUAUCAAAGGAUUGGAAGGCAUUAAAACACCUGACCCAGAGGUGCUUGAGAUGACGGAGGAGCAGAAACGCAUGACAUCGUCCGCGAAGGGCAAGGAGAGAGAGUUGACCCCUUCUUUGUCUGAUGAAAACCAGAGGCUGCUCUUGUUUUGUCAACGGAUUUUGGCGACUGCAAGUGCCAUCGAUCGCUCACUGCGCGAAACCAAAGGCGACGCAUUUGUUGACCGAUUACACGCCGCACUGCCAAAGAUCACUUCGGAACCUUUUGAUCAUUCAUCGAUCACUCUUGCCACGACAGAUGAGGCACGGAAAAAGGCUUAUGUCGACUGGGCUACUCAAGUUCGAUUCGAAUAUUGUGAUCUUACUGUUCCAAGAGAGGAAGACAAGAAAGGGGCGAUAGAAGAGAGCUUACCCCAUUAUAAGUUCUACUAUAAUAGCGAGGCCCGAAUGCUUGCCACCUCCGACAUCCCUAAGCGUUCUCUAGCUAUCGCAAAAGAGCUCGCCGUUUUGACGACGAAUCUACCUGUUGCAUGGGAUUCCUCGGUUUUCUUGAGAGUGGACGAGAAUCGGGUAGACAUCAUCAAGGCGCUCAUCAUAGGUCCAGAAGGAACUCCGUAUCAAGAUGGCUGUUUCUUGUUUGAUAUUUUCCUUGGACCGAAUUAUAACCAAGCUCCUCCGAGCGUCAAAUACAUGACGACCAAUGGUGGAAAGUAUCGGUUCAAUCCUAAUCUCUACGCAGAUGGCAAAGUCUGCCUGUCUCUUCUCGGUACAUGGUCCGGACCAGGGUGGGUCUCUGGAAAGUCGACAUUGCUACAAGUCCUUAUAUCCAUUCAGUCCAUGAUCCUUUGCGAGGAACCUUAUCUUAACGAGCCUGGAUGGGCGAACGAUGGUGGUACUCCCCAGUCGAGGCAAUACUCUUCCAACGUCCGGAGGAUGGUCGUCAAGACUGCGAUGCUCGGGAACCUUAAGAACCCUCCAGAGCCCUUCGGCGACGUGAUCCGGACGCAUUACCGCCUCAAAUCGCAAGCCAUCAUUACGCAGCUGGACAAAUGGCUCGUGCUGGAUGACGGUAAAGCUACUAUUGGCGACUCGUUUUCCACAAGGCAGGAUUCUAGCGGCAGCUCUAAUGGCUUUAAGAAGGAUGUCGAGGAAAUGCAGCAGUUGCUUAGACAGUUGCAGGAUGACAUGUUCAAGGUCGACAAGUGAGGCCCGAUGCCAAGCUUACCCAGCAUGGCAGAACCAGAAGCAGUGAACCCCAUACGUGUAUUUAGGUGACUAAUUGCUACAUGCCGUUCGUCGACUUGUCUAUUCAUCAAGCUCAAAUUGAAGUAGAUGUUGUAUUUUA